AUGUCGCAUCAAGAGAACACCAAGAAUGUACCCGAAGAACACCGCGUUCACAGGACCGGCUCCUGGCUACCGGCAGACCACCGCGUGCACAAGAAAUGGCUAUCGGGUAUUAUAGAGCGAGUUGAAAACAACCCUCAAGAACUGCACCCUGUCUUGCGAGAAUUUAAGGACUUAAUCGAGAACAACACGCGUAUUUACAUCCUGGUGAACUCCAUGUUUGAGGAAAUACCUACGAAAAAACCGUACAAGAACGAUCCCGUUGGCCAUAAGCAGGUCCGCGAUUACCAUCACAUGCUGGAACUGUUCAACCACAUCCUUACAUCAGCACCUGAGUGGAACGAUCACGAGUACUCUGUUGGAAUGGUGGGGACGCCAUUCAAUGCGAUCUUGGACUGGCCGAUGGGCACACCAUCCGGCUUUGCGUUCUUCCUAGACCCUGAAGUCAACAAAAUGAUUAAGAAGGUUCUCAACGCAUGGGCAGAAUUCCUUUCGUCGCCAGCAUCAGCAUAUGUACUUGGUACCGACAAGAUCGGCUGGCUCAGCGAUCACGGCACUCACGAUCUCGCGUUGACAGCUAAUGUCGGCCAAACGUCUUACGCUUUUGAAGAGAUGUUCCACUGUGACCCUUCCAAGAAGUAUCAUGGGUACAAGUCAUGGGAUGAGUUCUUCACUCGCCACUUUCACGAAGACAAGCGGCCUGUUGCCAGUCCUGACGACGAUAGUGUUAUCGCUAAUGCGUGCGAGUCGAAGCCAUACAAGGUAGGACGCAACAUUUCCAAGCGCGACCGCUUCUGGCUGAAGGGCCAACCUUACUCACUUAUGGAUAUGCUCGCGAUGGACCCACUGCACGAGCAGUUCAUUGGUGGUACCAUUUAUCAAGCUUUCCUCUCCGCAUUGAGCUACCACCGGUGGCAUGCACCCGUUAGCGGCAAAGUCGUAAAGUCUUACCUUGUCCAAGGCACUUACUUCUCCGAGCCACUCUUCGAAGGCCUUGGUGAUCCCUCAGCUAAAGGCAGUAUCGACGAGGGAGGUGAAAAGACGGGCCAGGGUUAUCUUACCGCAACGGCUACACGUGCUAUCAUCUUCUUUGAAGCUGAUAACAAGGAUCUUGGUCUGGUAUGCUUCAUGGGUAUCGGAAUGACCGAGGUCUCGACAUGCGAUACCACUGUGAAGGAAGGGCAGUAUGUCAAGAAGGGUGAUGAGAUUGGCAUGUUCCACUAUGGUGGAAGUACACAUUGCAUUUUGUUCAGGAAGGGUGUGGGGUUGGAGGGCUUUCCGGAUACGCAGAAUGCUGAGCACAAUGUGCCUGUGAGGUCGAAGCUGGCGACUGUGAAGAAAACUACUUGA